UCCCGGAUACUUUCCAUUGCGCUGGAAGCGUUGAUAACAGGCCGCUGGACCCUCAAAUUGGAAUUAGCGCUGGUGUCAUCUUUGUACAGCAGUAGAAGAGCCGGAGUGGCUUCUGCCGGUGAUGUGAAUUCCUGGUGGCGACCUCUAAGAAUUCAAUGUUUUUUGUCUCAGUGUAAUUUCAGGACUCCAAUUAACAGGCGCGAUUUCUCUGGUCAAUGGAUUCUUGAACUUCCCGUAAAUGACAUGUUUCUCCUAGGAACGCAUGUACGACUGUUUGGUCUCACGUCGCUUUCCGUCUAUCACCUCCGCGCUUUGGCUGUCCUCGAUAAUCUUACCCCAUUUGCAUCAAUUUUGUCGGAGUGAUGGGCUGGUGCGGAAAAUAUCGUCGCCUGUUCGCAGAAGCACUAGAGAAUGUACCCUGCCGCCAUAG